GAGAGAGAGAGACGAAAGAGGAGUCGUUGAGAAAGUAGAGGGAGGAAAAGAGAACCUGAGGAAUAGAGCGAGAUGGCGUCUGCGGCGGGAUCAAGCGCAGCGGUGCCGUUCUGGAGAGCGGCGGGGAUGACCUACAUAACGUACUCGAACAUAUGUGCAUCGCUGGUACGCAACUGCCUGAAAGAGCCGUACAAGACGGAGGCCCUUACUCGAGAGAAGGUGCAUUUCGCAGUCUCCAAGUGGGCAGACGGCAAACCCCAGAAACCCACUAUUCGUUCGGAUACACCUGAAGAAUGAGUGAAGGCUGCUGGUGACCCCACUAUUUGUUGAAGUUGAUUGCUUCUCUGCCCCAACAGAAUUUCCUGCUUCCAUCACAGUAGUGGAUUGAUUCUCUUGGCAAAUGUAAUGCCUUGUGUUUUCAAACAGUAGUGUCUUUUUUGGGUUUACAUGCUUAAUGGGGAUCACACUUGUAAUAAGUUAACUAUUAUAAUUGCAAUUAAUCCUGCUUUUGUCAUCUUUGGAUUAAAUUUUGAUUGAUCAUUUGGGGCUUGAUGAUUUUCUUU